AUGCCAAAGACACCAACACCACGCUCAGGCUCAAAAGGUGGCAAAGGACUGGGCAAAAGUGCCAAAGUUAGCUCGAUGCGACAUAGAAAAUUGUUGCGAGAAAAUAUCAAGGCAAUCACAAGACCUGCCAUUCGAAGAAUGGCACGCCGAGGUGGCGUGAAGCGAAUAUCAGGUGAAAUAUAUGAAAUCGCAAGGACCUGUAUAAAGGACUUUGUCACGGAUGUUCUUAGAGAUUGUGUAUCCUAUGUCGAAUACGAAAGAAAAAAAACUGUAGGCGUAAUGGAGAUGUUAUUAGCGCUUAAAAGACAAGGACGGACCCUAUAUGGGUUCGACCAUGAAAUCCGAGGAAGACAUACGCACGCGCAUUUUCAUUAUUAA